GGAGGCAAGAUACAUCCCAGCCCCAACUUUGUUUGUUUGUUUGUUUCUUUUCUUUUCUUUCUUUUUUCCCCCACAUUUGUGUGUUUUGCAAACAAGCCUGAUGGUUCUCGGUGGCUUGUGGCGAAGACCCAAAGAGUGAGAUCUUGAACACUGAAAAGAGGCACCAUGCGUGUUGCAUUGCGACCUCGCAGUGGUUGCCUGGUGCUAUGUCUGUGCCUGUCUCUGAUCACCCUGCUGCUACAGAGCCUCUGGGUGCCACUUGAGAUGAGUGGGGAUGAAGCUGCAGGAAAAUCACCUGAGGAACAGGGCCAACACAGUGUUGGCUUUCACAGGCUGGCACUUCGAUUGGAGGCUUUGAGUACUCAGGUGCAAAGGCUGAGCAGAGAGAAGGAUGACAUCCAGCUAAACCGAAAUGAUUUCAGUUUGCUUCUCCAGAGUUUUAGAAAAGACCAGCAAGGCUUAGCCCGCUUUGUAGAGAGGGAGCUGCAGAGAGUGUCCCAGAGACUCGAUCAGCUCAAUCGUCAUUACCACCACCAUCAUGAAGCUCAUACACAAACGCUACAAGGUGAAAUUAGCCCACACACAGGGCCCAAUGAGAAGUGUGAAGUGCCAAUGGAUCCUGCAUAUCCGGUGUGUGCGGAGAAAGUGGAGUUCCUGCAAGCACGUUGGGAAUCAGACCCCUGUUAUGCUUUUUAUGGAGUCAAUGGUACCAUUUGCUCUAUUUUGACUUAUCUCAGCCAAACAGAAAACUUUUGUCCCCCUCAUCCUGGGAGGAACAAUUCUGCACUGUCAUGGCAUCAGAAACGUCAUCCCUUCACAACAAAGACUGACGUACGUGAAACCCUGAGCCCACUGUACGAGGUGAUCGGCAACAGCAGCAGUCCUGCAAUUAAGUUCAUCCGGUCCAGAGUAGAAAGAAUGUCUGCACGUUGGAUAGAGGCUGGUCUAAGGAUGAAGCAGAGCAGCAGCAACACAGUUUCAAAGCAGAUGAAGGUAUUGCUUUAUCCUGGAGCCCUGGCUGGGAGUGUUGGCCAGCAUUUUGAAGCCAUGGUGGAGAAAGGAGGUCCCCUUGGAGAACUGGUCCAGUGGGCUGACCUCAGUGCCUGCCUGACAAUUCUGGGACACAACCUGACCUUCAGCACCUCUCAGCACCAGCUGCACAGACUGAUAGGUGCAGCGCCAGGCCGAGGCAGCUGUCCCAUCCAAAGGCCUCUCACCUUUGACCUCAUAUAUACUGACUACCAUGGGCUUGCUCACCUCCAAGGAGCCAUGGGACUGGCUUUCCAGCAUUACCAGUGCCGCUUCAGGAUCUUGGACUCAUUUGGUACAGAACCAGCUUUUAACUUGGCAACUUAUGCACAUAGCCAUGGAUACAAAACACUGUGGGGCAGCUGGGGUCUCCAACCUCUCCAGUACAUGACCAUGUUCCCUCACACUCCUGAUAAUUCAUUCCUGGGCUUUGUGAGUGAAGAGGCAGUGAGGAAGGACAAGCUUGAGCCAGAGAUCUACAAGAAAGACAGCAUAGCGGUGGUCUAUGGCAAACAGGAGUACAUAUGGCAGGGUAAAUCUGAUUAUGUGAGGGUGAUCAGUGAGGAGCUGGAGACUCAUGCCACGGUCUACCAGCCUCCAGGACACAUCUUCAGUCUACCCAGUUUUGUAAGAAACCAUGGACUGCUGACUCAGGAACUCUUCCUACACCUCCUACGCAGAGCCAAGAUCUUUGUGGGUCUUGGGUUCCCUUAUGAGGGUCCAGCUCCCAUUGAAGCAAUCGCUCUGGGGUGUGCCUUCCUUCAGCCACGAUUUGACCCUCCACAUUCAUCAGACAACAAUGACUUUUACAGGGGGAAGCCCACCACAAGAAAGAUCUCCUCCCAGCACCCUUAUGCUGAGCAUUUCAUCAGUGAACCCCAUGUGUGGACUGUGGAUAUGGCCAAUGAGACUGAUAUUCGGGAAGCAAUCAAGGAUAUUCUAAGCACUGAGGUGAAGCCCUUCAUUCCUCAUGAGUUCACUUGUGCAGGAAUGUUAGAGCGGGUUCGAGGUUACAUCACUCACCAGAACUUCUGCAGUAAUUCUGUCCCCACUUGGCCCCCAGAAGGUGCUCUGAGGUUGCACCUGGGUCCACUGGGUCAGUCCUGUGUAAAUGUGUGUCAGCGUUCCUCCCUCUUAUGUGAGCCUGCUCUCUUUCAUCACCUCAACACUCCUGCCACAUUUACCAGGCUUGGACUUAGCUGCUCCAGCAUGGUGCAUGAAGUCAACCAUUUGUUUCCGUCUUACAGCCCUUGGGGCCGUCACUGUGGCCUUCAGCAGGAGGCUCUUCUGUUCAGUUGUGCUGGCUCUGACCCUGCACAUCGCAGACUGUGUCCCUGCAGAGCUCACCUACCUGAAUAGAUGGCACUGUGCCCUGACUGUCACUAGUUAGUGAUAGAACGCAGAAAAAGAUGCACCAAAAAGCUAUUUGUGAUUCACUCUGCACAGGUUAAGAUUUUCAACCAAAGGGAGCCAGCAGUCCUGCUUAAACUUGUGAGUCUUGUGUGUGGAUGUGAUAAUGUUUGGAGCGUUUUAUUUAUAUUUACAAACUGAAAUGUAUUGAGAUAUAACAGAAUAGUUAUUUAGAUCCUAGCUUUGUCCAAUGCAUUUGGUUACUCAGGAUUAUUCAGCUUGAAAAGCUGAAUAAUGAUAAAUUCAAGGUUAAUAUCACAUGGUGCCAAAUAAAACACAAGUUUUUACUGUAGCUUUUCUUGGAUCCUUUUAGCAACCAGUCUACACAUAAAUGCAAGAUUCACUUUAGGGAAAAUGUGUUUAGAAAUGUUUAAAUGAAGACAGCAGUAGUUCAAGAUGCUCAUUUAACAUAUUCUCAACUUCUCAUCUUCUAAUACACAGUAACAUUACAGAGAUGUAUUAAAUAACAAUUAUAAAGAUAAUUAUGUACUUGUUAGUGUUGCAUAGGCUUACAAUAACUUCUCAGAGCUUCACUGGCAGCUAAGAUUAGGUUGGCCUCAGAGGAGAGAGGGUGACAGCCUAAGUGAUGAGGCUCAUUAUGUCAGUGAAUCAUGGAUAACCUCUGGAUGUUUUUUGGAGGUCACAGCCAUAACUAUGAUUAUACUGUCAUAUGAACCAUUGGUUCCCAAAUAUCUUUGACUUAGGAAACCCCCUUUGGUCGGUUUAAACCCAUGUACAGUAAAACAGUAACAGUAUUAUAGUAACUGUAACACUAAGACUUAAUUGUUUGUCAUUCCAACAUGGAUUAAAAUCAGGAAAAAGUCACAGAAGACACUACAAAUGGUGCUUUUUUUGAGUUAUAUGACUGGAAAUUACAAAUUAAAAUGAUACCUUAAUCAUAACUUGAAGGUUUAUUACCCCCUCCAUCAAAAAGGGUGCAGGCUUUUCUCAUCAUUCCCUCCUGCUCAGCAACAUGUGAAAGAAACAAAUGAUAACAACUAAAGGCCAAACUACAGCCCACAGUCAGUGGUGUCAGUGAUGGGGUGCUGCACUUACAUGAUACAGCUGUUAACAAAGAUGGAUCCAAGAAAGGCUGCAAGCUGCCGUUGAAGUUUAUGUGAAAAUUUUCUUGGAAACGACACACCGAUGAACGUCAGCUGGCAGAAAAAGAGACGUUUUCUGCCUCGAUAUACUCCAUGUAAGAGGAACAUGUUGCCACUCAGGGAUCAGAUUGCUCAGGGCUGCAACAGCAAGAAUGGUUGACGGUGGUGUUGAAUAAUAGAUGGCUGCGAAAUGGUCCGUGAAAACAAUAUUUGUGAUGGCUUUGGUAGAUUCAGGUAAAAAAUUGUUUGGCAUUGUCAAGUGUGAGUUCUGUCUAAUUAGUAGAACAGUCCAAAGAUGAUAUAAUUAAACUUGGAAGAAAGGGCAAUAAAAGCUGCUUUUGACCCAGAGGGACACCACUGAAACAGAUUUUUGGAAAAUGAUGUGUCAUUUCUGGAUGAGUCAUAUUAAUUCAUAUCAGUUACACGUGUUAUACCAUAUAAAAGCUGUCACUCACCUCCCAGGGGGCUGAUAGCAGAGGGUUCAAACUCAGGGUUCAAAAACAGGCCCAAGUAUAAAUGGAGCAAAUGUGCAAAUGUAGACAAAGGUGUUAGUGUUCCACACGACUGCCUACUGACCUCAUGCUGAAUAAGUACAGAACUGACAAGGUCUAUUUGUUGUCAGAAACAGAUUUGAUGGUUAUAGACAGUGUGAUAUGCCUUGAAACAACAGUGAUUUGGAUCAUGGCAGUAAUUCAAGUCAUUUGACAUGUGCAAUUAUUUCAGGCAGUUGGUUUUAUAACUCAAAUUCAACCUCAGGACUAUUAUUCCUAAGUUGAUUAUUUGCUCAUUCUAUUUUAGCUCACCACAAACCAUUUUUAAUGAUGCCUUGACUGUGUUUAUUACAUUUACAACAGUCAGGGUCAUAAACCAGAACACUCUGAAAUGGAUAAGACACAAUAUCAAAACCAGUCAAUAUCCACUCAAAAUCAUGUUAUUUUUAGGUAAAAUGUAUUUUGCAUGUUGCUGCUCACUUCAGAUUAUCUAACAAAAGCAGCCUUGCCACAAACUACUGUGUGUUCUGAAGGAAAAAAGCCAUUUAAUGUAUUUAUGUUUUGAUGUUGCUCCAUUUGGACACUUUAUUUUGGA